GGCGUACCUCGCGGACGGAGGGCGUCGGCGUCGCGUCGCUCUUCGGUGGAUGUAUGAAACAAUUGCCGCAUCACAAUAUGUCGCCCUCUCGGGCCUGAUAUAUUCGGGCGGCAGUCCGGUUAGCACGUGGUCGUGCGGUGAGGAAGUGCAGCCACCUGGGCGUUUGCACGUGGACGAUUAUUAUUUUUUUUUCAGUCUCUUUUUCCUCCUAUUGUUUGCCGGUACUUGAGGCGGUUCGCGCGGCGCCGUUGUUUGCGGGAUUAAUUCGAGUGGUUUCGGUCACACGACAAGAGGAUUCUGUGCGGUGUUUUCUUGUUAGAAUGAUUAAUACUCGGAGAACAAUGGAAAAUUUAGCGCGGAAAUUGUUAUUCGAAAAUGACUCCGUCCUCGCGUCUUAAAUAUGGAAACUGCUUAAUUAAGACUUCAUAACGGUUUGGAAGGAAAUAGCUAUGUGGUCCUGACAGAUACUUUGCAAAUUGGUGCACUAGAGCGUCGCAGGAAAGUUGGUAGAGUUGUUAUUUCGACUGAUAUUCGGUGAAAAGUCUGGUGUUGUCAAGAAGAAGCGUCCCAAGUGCUUAAAAUGUGUUCAAGAUGUAGUCGGUGUUGUAAGAACAAUUUAGAGGAUGACGAUAAUGGUUCAUCUAGCAUAUGUUCAGAAGAAGAAUGGAAUGCAGAUGGCAAGUCGGGAAGAUUAUUAUCUGGCAGUGAUGGAGUUCGGAGCGACAAUGAGGGUGGAGAGGUGAGAGGUAGAAGCCGAAACGCAAGAAGAGACGACCCCAGAAGGCACACCUUAGGAGGGGACCAGCAAUAUUUAGCCAUGUCCGGCCAAGGAGGACCUUUAUCGAGAACCAUGGAUCUCGAGAUGAGUUCUUCCAGAGCUAGAAAGGGCCAAAUGAGAGGAUAUCCGCCGCCUUCGAACGCCAUGCUCUUCGACGACGAUCCCGGUAUCAUGUCGGAAGUAGAGACGAGCUCAACGGGAUUCCGAAGAGGAGGCAAACAGAGAAGUUCGCUGCCUGUAGUUAGAACUCCGAGUAAAACGUUGGAGAGACCACUAGGUUUAGUUUUCCUCCAAUAUCGCAAUGAAACGAAACGAGCGCUUUUGCCCAACGAAAUUACCUCCAUAGAUACGGUCAAAGCUCUGUUCGUGCGAUCGUUUCCCAAACAGCUCACGAUGGAGUACUUGGACUCGCCGAACGUCAAAAUCUACAUCCACGAUUCUUCCAAAGACAUGUUCUACGAACUCGAGGACCACAGAUCUCAUUUGAGAGAAAUAAGAGACCGAUCGGUGUUAAGGCUCUUCGAGUCCGCUGAUGUAUCCGGGGGUUUGCCCAUGGCAGGAAUCGGAAUAGCUGGUGGUGUUGGACAUUUCGAAGAUCCCAGUUACUUCUCGGAGCCGGAAUUCGACUCGGAGUACCAGCAUCAGCACAUCCACAAAAGCAAGGGUAAAGGCGCUCCAUACUAUAUGGGAUCAACGGCAAGCUUACCACGCGGCGCUACUUUCUUGAGAACGUAUUCUCCUGCCGUAUCGAGUCUUACCGCUGACAGGCUAAAGCCUCUUCCAACCGGUGGCCCUCCGAAGCCUCAACGAACAUUCAAAAAUGGCCCGACCAAACCCACCGAUGACCCACCUAGACAUCCAGAUCGAUUGACCUGUAUCCAAAGGCAGGCAAAUUCUUCGUACAGUUUACCAGAUGGUUACAUGUCUUCACCAGAGAGAAGCUCGCGCUACGAAGAUCCGUACUACAGCCAAUACGCGAGCAGAUCCGGUUCUAUAACUCCUGUUAUAGACGAGGAAGUUAGUUAUAAAAUUUAUCUGGAUUAUUGCAGCGAUACAGAACUUUUGGACGAGUCAUACUCACUUUAUGGAGUUAAAAUACCGUCUUCAGGAUCGAGAAUAUCAUCAAGAUCCCCAUUCCCUGCGCCUGCAUCAGUUCCACCUUACGAUGCAACACGAUUACGAGUGGAAAAUAUGGAACGUCAGCUAGCGAAUUUAACAGGUUUAGUUCAGAAGGCGUUAACCCAGCCGGCUUCGUCGCAUUUACAGGUUCCGGGCAGGGAAGGCUAUCGAGAUAAAUCAGUGUCAUUUGAGAAAUCAGUAUCGUUCAGUGAUGAGCCCCCAGAUAUGAAUUCACCGAAACAGCACAGUCCUCAACAUGCAGCGGAUACUAAGCCAGCAAAACCCGCCAUUAAAUCUUCCACCUUACCGAGAACAUCGUCUCAAGAACGCGACCGUUUGAAACCGGCGCCGCCGAGUAAAUCCUCAUCCAUGUCGCCCAGUUACGACAGCAGGAUCUACAGGGACCUGCAGCUAACGCCGGAAAUGUACAAUCAGCUCAGAGGGCUCCAGAAAAAGGCGAAGGACCUCCGAGCAGAGGUGCGGAAUUUAAGAAGGAUGUCCCAAGCGCAGGCGCAUUCUGUAAAAGAAACCAUCAGGGACACUUUCAUCAAAAUAAGAGCUAUGCUUAUGGCUGGAGGUGAACAAGUCUGGCAAGCAGGCAUGGAUCAAGAACGCGUGCGUUUGACCAGAGAAGAGGAUUUGUACAAGCAGGAAAUGCUGCGGCUGGAGAACGAUCUGAGCGAUCUCGAAUCCACCGUAGAAGAAUUGAGAGGUAAUGUAAUUAACAGAAAAACGCGCGUCAACAUGUCGGACGUGGAGAAUAUGGCGCUCAUUUUGAGCAAGAGUUCGAAAACUGUCGCGGAUCUAAAAUUGAGAUUCCCGGGAUUGCAAGACGGAAUGAAGACCUUCCUGAGCACCGAAAUGGAGAAGGUGAUGAGAGAAGAAAAAUUCCUCAAAGAAGAACCGGAGAGGCUGGAGAGCGCUCUAAGACGAUGCAAGAAACUUACGGGUACACUUGUAACGCUGAAAAGAUUAGCCAGCGUGCAAGAACAAAGGCUUCCUUCGUCUAAUUCGAACGACGGCCGUCUCUCACCGACGACCACCGAGACGCCGCCUAUAACUCCUUCCUCUACGCACAGCAAGCCCACUCCCUCACCACGUAUGGGGUCGGUCGUCGUCGGGGGAGACGGCGGCGCCUCCGACGGUGUCCAACGUCCGGAGAACGCACUCGACGCUCUGCUAGACGAGCUCCAGACGUUCUCGAAGCCCCACUCUAUUGCUCAAAACGACGACGACGCCGCCGAGGCGCCCGCCAUACCGGUCAAGGGCGUCCGGCCGCCGCAGAUGUCCGAAAUCGGCAGGAAGGGCAGCAUGGACUCGGCGUCGUUCCUUCCGACGCAAAAUCUGUCCGUGAGCACGGCGACCGGCAGCCUGAGGAGGUUGCAUUCUUAUCCCAGCGGGUCAGACACCGAUAACAGUCCCCCCAUCCAGCCGUUGCAGAGGGAGAGCAAAACGGCCGCGAAGCCGCCGCUGCCGGAGCGGAAUCCCGAGUUGCUGCAGCAGGUGACGGGCAAGCGGGUGCCUCCGCCGCCGCCGCCGAGGACCAGCUCCAAGUCGCCUCUGGCUUCGCCCACGUCGCCCAAUUUGCCGCCGAAAUCGCCUGCUGUGGGACUGCAACAUAUCCAAAACGUACAAAACAUGGUCGACAAGCCGCUGUCGCAAUUCGAACAGGCCACCCAGAACUUGGGGCUGCAAACCCUGCGCAGGAACAUUCCGAGCAGGUCGAGCAUCAAGGACCCGUCGAAGUCGCAAACGUUGCCGAGGAACAUCGGCUCGAAUCUUCAGAUUGCAUCCGAUUCCGAUCCGAUAUCGGCAAGUAACAGCAGCAGUUGCGAGAGCGUCAACUCGCAGGACGGCUCGAAGAAAACGCGCAAGGAGGAAUUGGAGCAACGGCACCAGGAGUUGCUGAAGAAGCAGAAGGCGCUGCAGGAGCAGUACGCGCGACUGCAGCAGCUCCAAAGAGGUAACAAUUCGUUAGCUUUGGUGCCCCCGACGCCCGAUCAGCUGUUGAAGAAGACCGGUAGCGAGUCGAAUUUGCUGCAAAAAAUGGGACUGCAGCUGACUACCUCACAAAUGACGGGAUCACUAACCAAUUUACCGAAUACAACCAAAACUCUGCUGACAAAUACCAAUUCUAACCCCCUGAAUUCCACUAGUGUUCCAAACAAUGUUGAAGAAGAAAACAACAAAAACACAACAAAUUCACAGACGAAUAAAGUUUACGAAACUGAUAUACUGUGACCUACUGAGAUAAAAAUCGCUUUGUGCAUGUUGAGAUAUUACACACAUACUCCCUCAUAUCACGGAUUCACGGAUUGUUAUCGUUUAUUAUAUUGUUAAAUGUUAGGUGUUCUAAAAACUAAUUUGUUUAUUAUUUAUGUAUUCGGUGUUGUAUCAGGAUACUCUGCUAAUGUUGUCUAUAAAUUUCAUAUUUUUAAAUACAUUUGCGUUGCUACCAAAUAUACCUACAUUUUCGUAAUCCUGGUAAAAAUGUACAAUGGUAAAAAAAUUGCAAGUGUCCCUUUAAGCUUCAAAUGAGUAAAUUCCCUAUGAAAUAUUUAACAAAUUCGUGAUAUGUUUUGCAAUGAAUAGUACGAUAAAUAGACAACGUUACAAAAAUAUCUGAUUGUGGAAAUUUAACUAAAAGGUUACCUAAUUGUUGACAAAGUUAGAGGAUGUAUGCACUUCUGCUACCAACACUGUUAUAAAAACUGCAUUAAAUCUCUCAAAUAUUUUUCAAACAAAUGAUCCGAUUUAGGCAAGAAAUGCAACUUCGAUUUCGUAUCAUCGAAAAUAAAAUGUUCCUUUGCUGACCCUGUAUUUGACAACAAUAUAUCUUUCCUUAAAGAGUCAUAGGCUGCUUAAUUUCAACAUUAAAACAUAAAUUUUGAUCAUUAAUGAUUUUAUUUUGGCCUUGCAUAUAAAAUACGUAAAAAAUAAUAUACACGACGAAAUAAGUCAAUAGAUAGACUAAGGUGCAAUUUCAUCAAGUAAUUUGUACAUAUUAUUUGUGAAAAAUAUUUGAGUGAAAAAAUGUCGAUUAGGUUGCAACAACUUGCACUAUUUUAAAGAUGUUUGGAUUUAACAUGAUUGUACAGAAAAAAAUAUACACGUUUUAUUUAAAAAUGUAUACUGUAAUUAUGGAAUAUGCGAGUGAUAUUGUAUUUAUUAUUGAUUUUUUUAGUAUUAUUUAUAUUGUUGCUGGAGGAGAGCAAAUUCAAUAGAGAAUGUAACCGGGAUACUUAUCUGACAUUUAGAAUUAUUUAGCAUUCGUUUUUUUAUUUUGUUUGAAUUUCAAGGAGCCUCUACCUAUCUCAAAUCUUUACUUUAUUGAAGACAAAUUGUUUGCUCAAAAUUUGUACAUAAAUUUUAAAUUGAAGCUGCUCUUUAAGGUGCUUUAUUUAUAUGGCAUGCUUUCAGGAAACCAUUUAAAAUUUAAAUGAUUAUCUUUUGUACUACUUAGAUUGUCCUUUUACUAAAUUUUCAGAUUUUCUUCAAUAAAAUCGUUUAUUGAAUUACUCAAAAAAAACUAAUAAAAAAUUUGCGAACAACGCAAGUUAACUUGAAAAAAUUAACAUUGUGUUUUAAAAACAUAAAUUUUGAAUUUUUUUAUAUAAAAAUUUUAUAUAUGUGAUAUACGUGGUCAUCUUAAUGUAUUACUCUAAUUCUGCAAUGUAAUUAUUUCGUUGCUUCUAGUUUGCGCAAUAAUUUUUAAUUAUUUUUAUAAAUUUGUGAUAUUUUAGCGGUAAUUCAACUCCACGCGUAUACAGUAGUUUUUGUAAUUAUUAAAGUAAUUAUGUUUCCCUUAAAUAUAACUUGAAAUAAUAAUCCAUGGGUUAUAAGACAAAGGAAUAAUAUACGCCAAAGACUAAAAGACUUAAAUAUUUCAUAAAACUAGUUAACUUAUUCAAUCAAAUGUACACAUUAACAGUAUAUUUAAAUAAAGAAAAUGUCACAUGUUACUUAAUUUUUUUAUUCACUUUACUUAACUGAAUUUGUGCAAUGAGACUACCUACAUAAAUAGCAAUCGUGUAUAUACAUAAAUAUUUCUUUCUCUAUAGGUGAAAUUGAUAUGGCUAUUGUAGGUGCCAAUGUAGUUAACCCGAAA